AUGUUGGAGGCGGUGGCCGUUGGCAUGGCCAAAUCUUCCUCCACGGUCGGCGGUGGCGGCGGCGGAGGUGGAGGAAACGCCGCAGCCGAGGCUCCUUGGCUGCUGGAGGAGGUGGCCGGCCCUAGCUGCGAGUCGUCGGCCCGAGCCGCCGCGGCUUCCUUCGAGUUUUUGGCCGGCCGCGCCGCAAUUUCGGCCUGGUUCCGGCUGCGAUUAGCCGCCCGUUUUCGUACCUUCGGCGCCUUCGCAGGAACGGCCGGCGCGGGGGCGACAGGCCGGGGUGGUGCGAGUCCGGGGCGGCGGCGUGGACGCGGUGGCGGAGGGCGAGUUCGCCGCGGCGGCAGCGGCGGCGGCGACGUGGGUCAACCCACCGGCUGCGGCGGGGUCGUCGGCUUCGGCCAUGGCGGCAGCGGAAGGCGGACGGGCGGGUCGCGGGCGGGCGGUCGCGAGGCGAAAGGCGAAUGA